CAGGAUGAGACCGGAUCCUCUGCGCGCAGCGCGCAGUCAGUGACCAGUGAUCUGAUCUGCAGUCAGCCGCGCUCUGCCUGUUUCCAUGAAGAUCUGGACAUUUUAACUGACGGGACUUUUGUUGCUGCUUUAAAUCGGAAAACCACAGAAAGUCCGUUCAUCUCUGGAGAACGGUUCUGUUCUGCCACAUCCACGGUGACUCCUGGUUGUGCGUGUUUCUGCCUCUGGUUCUCUCAGAUCCCGGCCUGUGGAUAAAUCGGUUGGUUCCAGUUCGGAGUCUGGCGCUCGGUUCCACCUCUUCCCGCCUCCCGCUGCGCCCUGAAGCGGGGGAGACAUGAGACCACCCAAACACUGAGUGACGGCUGGUUGAUGGGGAGGAUUUCGGAUGUCAGCCGGGACAGUGGUCAUCGCAGGAGGAAUUUUGGCUACAGUCAUUUUACUGACCAUCGUCGCUGUGUUGUGUUUAUGUAGGCUGCAGUAUUACUGCUGCAAGCCGGAGGAGUCUGAGAAGGACGACGAGGAACCGGAGCUGUCCACCAUGUCGCCCUCUCGGCCCCUGGCUCUGUGCGCUCCGCCCACGCCUCCCACGCCGGAGCACUACAGCGACGAGCUCGAGUCGUACCCGCCCACCUUCCUCACCGAGGCCAACGGGCCCUGCAGCUACUCCCCGCCGCCGCCGGCGCCGCCGCGCCGGGGCCAGCGGGUCCACGCCUUCUGCCCGUCCUGCGCCCGCUGCUCGCUGCCCUUCUACCUGCAGCAUCCGGAGCGGCUGUGCAACGGCGGCCGCAGGAUCAGCUACCGGACUGUGCAGCAGCAGGACCUGGAGCUGCCCGCCGACCUGGACAGCUUCUACCAAAAACUGAUCCGCUCCUACACCAUGAAGGAGGUGGUGAACCACAGCGUGAGCACCGACGUGUAGCUGCCGCCAGGAUCAGGGCCGAUGGAGAAAAGGAGCAAAGUUCUGCCAAAAUACGCAGAAGUCUUGAGAUUAAUCUAACAUUUUUGAGAAAAAAAACAAACAACGCAAUUCCUGAGUUUGAAAAACCAAGAAUUUGCUAGAAAAAAACUCACAAAUUCUCAGAUUGAUCUCAGAAAUGUUCUAAAAAUCACAAUUAUUUCUGAAUACAACAUUUGCUGGAAAAAACUAACAUUUUCUAGAAAAACUAAAUUUCUGAGAAAAAUCAGUGGAAAUUUUUAUAUUAAUUUCAGAAAUAUUCUAGAUAAACAAAUAAUUUCUGAAUUUGAAAAGUUGUAAAUUUGCUUGAAAAAAAAGUUCCGUUUGACAAUUCAAAAAUUUCCAGGCAAAAAACUCAAACAUUUUCACAUUAAUAUCAGAAAUUUCUAAGAAAAAACAAGGAUAUGUUCAUUUGUAAAAAAAAUCUCUGAAAUGUUUGAGAAAAAGACAUUUCUGAGUUUCAAACAUCAAAAAUGAUUCCUUCUUUCCACCUGCAGUGGCUCUGAUACGCCGUGGAAAACUGUCUGCAGCUGAAAACUGUUUCUGAACAGAUUCUGUCUGUCAGCAUCAAAAUGAUCAUUUAUAACCAAUAUAUCUGAAUCUGUGGUAGCUAGACCACCAAAUGAUAGACUUACUGAUGUUUCUUUAUGAAUUUAAAUAAAAACAUACGAGUAGAUUUAAAGCUGCAGUAUGUAACUUUAGAAAAAUCACCAUAUGAGACAUCUGUGAAAGAAAUCAAUCUCCACCUUCUGUCUGCAGAAAUGCAACAAAAACAACCAAUCAGAGCCAGGAGGAGGGUCUUAGCGCUGGCAAUCAUCCACAUGUAUGUGCUGCUCGAUGUGCUAACGGCAGAGAAGCAACUCACUGUUCUGCUAACUAGCCUUAGCAUUCAUGACAGGCUGUAGAGAAGGAGCUGUAACAGCAGAGAGAAAGCGGAGGACGUGAGCGCUGCAUACAGGAGGAUGAUUGACAGCGCCAAGAACAGUGUAUUUAUGCAGAUGGCAGUAGGACGACAGGGAGAAAGCAAAGGAGCUCUUUAGAUUAUCUGUCUUAUUCUAUCACAACAUAAUGAUAGUUUUAACAUAUAUGUAAAAAUCUAACUUUUAAAAAAAACAAGUUACAUAUUUUAACAGAUUUUAUUCAAGGAAACAAAAUAAUUCUGAUAAUGUUUCAAAUAAAUUGGUAAAUAGAUUCAAUUUUCAGAUAAAAAAAACUUAUUAUAAUGUAAGUUUAGCUUCUUUGUGUUAUUCCUGUAAGUGACGGAGAUCCACUGUUUAAAUAUUAGUAUUAGCACACAUUUCACUUCGUGUUUGUUUUCACUUAAACUCAUAAAAAUAAAAAAUGUUGAUUCAUGUUCCUCAGCAAACUGCCUUUAAAUGUUUAAAGAGCGUAUGCUGACCCAGCUUUAGUUCCAGGAACAGAAAACAUUUAUUAAUAUAUUAAAUAUUACUGUAAAUGAAACUGUUUUUCAGAGACAGGAUCCUUAUGAGGGACUGACAUGUAUAAUAGCAAACCAUAAACUUUACACACAAAAACAGUUACAAAUAAAGUGAAACUUUUGUAGAAAUUGUCUGUUAUGAGAAUUUUGUUAUGAGAAUAAAGUCCAAAAAAUACCAGAAUGAAGUAUUGCAAUUUAAUUCUUGUAAUUUUAUUAUUUUAUUCACAUCAUUUUAUUUUUUUUUAUAAACUUAAUAUGGCCUCUAAACUCCGUCAUAAGUUUGAAAGUCAAGCUGGGAGUUUUUGAUCUUUGUUCAAACUUUAAAAUAGAAAAUUAAAAGUUGAUUUCAGUAAAGUAGUUUGAGUCAGAGAGACAACAGAGACACAGCUCCAGAUUUUAUAAAAUAUAUAAAAAUGACCCAUAAUCUCACAUCUGGACGUGUUGUUUAUAAAUUGAGAAAAUAACAAAAAAGAAAACAUUUUCAUUUGAGCUGUUAUUUAAUGGAAAUUAAAGUACCUUCAUGUUUUCAGCUAAUAUUAACAGUACACAAUGUUCAUACUUCAGUUUUGUACAAAGAGGUAUCAGUUAUAUAAAAACACACAGUACCAACAGUUUAAAAUACACAUCUGAGUACAUUUCAGCCAUACUUCAAGUGUCAGGAAUCUGUCUGUCUGCGCUCCGGAGAACCAGACCAGAACUGGCAUCAGUUGACCCGACUGAGAACCGUCAGCUGGCGUCGGGACCGUCACGAUAAAUGAAAAUGUGCUACGACUAAUAAAUACGCUCCCGCACGGUGCAGGCGGGUCCAACGGGAAUGUUUCUGACAUGGUGCUGCAGCGAGCCGGACACCAAAACCACCUUAAAUAUCAACACUGUCUGUAAUAAAGUCAUGCAGGAUAUUCAGCUGGGAAAUAAUUUAGGAUUUUUGCUGCAGCGAAGAACAUGACACAAGGUGUAAAAUCAUCUUCAUCUUCGGCUCGACAGCAGAACUGAUAACUGAUAAAUAAUCAAUAACAACUGAUACUAAAGGACUUACAGUCUGUGUAGCAAAAAAGGAAACAAAAUCAUGUAAUAAAGUUCUGCUUUUUAAAAA